AUGACCCCUGUCCCGCGCCUCCUGGUCGAACCGGCCAUGACCAUCGUCAUCGACGGAGAGUGUCACUGUCGCAACCAGUCGGCGAACGAAGCUCGUGCUGGUAUCAGGCGCAGUCAACGUCGCAUGACUGAUAUUGGCAUUGCUGCUGUCGACAACUGUAAGCUCCCUACGUAUGGAGCUGAAUCACUAGAAGACGCCCAGGACGAGGUCGGUGACCGGUUCACGUCUGUCUGGAAGUCUGAUUCUGUCAAGGCCUACGAUAUCGCGAUCAGAGAGCACAAACACGAUGCCAGCCAGUUCAGAAAACACCCAACCUGGUGCACGAUCCAGUCUCCGGAGAGCUUCAUCUUCGGUACACCUGAAUGGUGUUCAAAGGCUGCCGCAAAGUACAAGGUCAUCAACAAGAUUCGCGAGCUCGUCGGCGACAAGCCAGUGCAUCAACUGCCCAGCACUAAUUACUGGAACAAGAAGAAGAUCUUCUUCGUCUUCUUUGCCCAAGCUAACGAUCUCAUCUGGUUGGCUGAGCUCGGCGUGAACCUGCAAGUCGAGUUUCCGAACUCGGAGAUCAUCGACUUGCAACGACAACCGUUGGCGAGUGCGAUCGCGUACAGUCGUGGACACCCUCAAAUCGGUGCUGCCAGUCUGUUCCGCAGGCUGGGUAUGGAGACCAAGUACGAGCACAACGGCGGCAACGACGCCGUGUACGAGCUGAGGGCUCUCCUGGCCGAAAUGGUGCUGACUCCUGAACAGCGUCAACUCGCCUUCGAAGAAGGCCAGAACCUGCCACUGCUCGACAUGGACGGCAACUUGGUGCCUCUUCCCGCCAGUGAGACUCUUGGUUUUGAGGACCUUGUGAUCGAGAGCACCGACACUGACGGCGUGCCAGAGUGA